ACUAAUUCUGGGGUUCCAAUCUCACUGAGGAAUACGAUUCUGAUGAUUCGGGCUCACAACUCGGGAUUGCACCUCGGCGUGGCCUGUGUAAUAAUGCAUAGUUUUCAAAUCUUUGCUUUGGAACUUAAAAUUAAAAAAACCGUUCCCAUUCCAACCAUUUCCAACGGUAACUUUCCUUCCUUCAAAAGACCUUUAGCAACCCUUUCCGCUUUAGCAGAAGCUCCAGAAAAGAUUACACAAGAAAGAGUCUUCAAAACCCAGAAAGUUCAAUCAAAAUAAAGGACGAAGUAAUGGGGAUUUCCAAGCAAAAUCUAGAAGCAGAGAAAUUUCGUCAAAAUGAAGAAGAAGAAGAAUCUGACACUGAAGAAUGCGAUUCUGAUGAUUCGGAUGAAGACCCAACUUUCGACGCUGUCGAAGAGACUCGAUCUAGCUUUUCAAGGCUCUCUAUCAAGAAGAAAUCCAAGUCUCGUACUGUUAAGGAAACGGAAGAGGGAAAUGAAGAAAACCCAGAUGUAAUCGUGCCGGAGCUUAAUGAAGAGGACCAAAGGAGUUUCGAGGUUGUCCGAAAGAUCGUAGAAGUUGGGCAGGUGGAGAAACUGAAAGUGGAGCAAUGCAAGGUAUACUUGAGGAAACAUGGGUUGAGGUUGACAGGAAACAAAGACACCCUCAUCGGGCGCAUUAAAGAGCAUCUAAGCAUCCUCAAUAGUGGUGGAGAGAGGAAGUACCCAAUAUCUAGCUUCUUAUGGUACUGCAAAGGUGAUGCAUGCACAGGAGAUGUUGUCAUGUUUGAACAAAAUGUGUACGAAAUGUUCAACAUUGCGUCUCGAAGUGCCAGUGGUCCUCCAUGUGGAACAAGGAUUGUUGCAGGUCGCGUUGUGAAAGAAAGCUACGGCGCUGCAAAGCAACAGCAUACAUUCACAAUUGAAGUAUUAUGGAGCAAAGGGGAGAAACCACUCCCUCCACUUCAUCCCCUUUUAAUUAAGGGCAGAAAUCUUUAUCGGUUAAAGACAAUGAGGCAGAGGUGGGAAGAUGAAGGUGAAAGGCAGAAAAUGCUUUCAGAGAAGCAUGCUAGAGGCUCUCUUGCUCGGUCCAAUAGGGAAGCACGUGUCCAGCUGAAGGAAACAAGGAAGAUACUCAGGGCCACUAGGAGAAUGGAAGAUCAGAACAAAAAACUGAAAGUGACUAAAGCACAGUCGCUUCAACUGCAAUCUAAUGGUUCACAAAAUGUGGGAAUCCAACUUCAAGAGCAGCAGAAGAACCUGCAGAGGCGUCAAGAGGAAAAGAUACAGAAGGAAUGUUUGUACUCCAAAAACUGCAACGAGAAUAUUUCGGUCCCAUCUGGAACAUUGCAUAGACAGCCUGGUUCAACAAGUAUGACUUCAAGGAGUUCAUUCCUCAGCCAGAACCAUGAAAACAGCAAGAAGUACACUACUCUGCCCGGUUCAUUCCAAUGUCAGAGCCAUGAAGAAAGCAUCAAGUAUAUUCCUCCGAACUGUUCAUUCCACAGGAGUCCACUCAGAAUGCCUUUGACAAGUAUUAACAGUUCAACAUGUGCUGAAUACAAUGAUCCAUAUUCAUAUCGACCUCGUGUUGGUGUGAAGAGUCCACUUCGAACUCGCAAUAAUCAUGAGCAAAGCAUAAAUCCUAACUCGUGGAGGAAUCCUAAUCCUUUGGGUUCAUUUCAAAGGCAUGCCCAUGAGGAGAGAGCAAACGUCAGAGGAAUAUUGGGUCCAUACCAAAGGCCAUGGCACCAACAAAGGCAGCUUUGCCGACUCUAUGCCCAAGGAAGGUGUUAUUACGGAGAUCACUGCAAGUACCUGCAUGAAUAUAGUAACAAUCAGAAUGAUGUGCAUUAUUAAUACCAGAAAUUCUUGGAAUAGAGUUGAAGGUUGCAAAUUGGUUUCAGCUAUCUUGCUGAUUUUUUGUUGGAAGAAGAAUAUAGGCCCUUUUUCAGUCAUCUAUUUUACUUUUUUGUGGAUUCUCAAUUGUGAAUCUUCAGGAGUUUACCCAAAGGCAUGUUGAAUGGUGAUUUUGGUUCAGUCCUUGAAUU